GUUUAAUGUUUGUUUACGGGAGCGCAAACCCACAACACACUGCCGCCAUCAACCCGAAUUGUCCGUCAGCCCCGCUGGUGAUACCCGGAAAUAUUACAGGGCCGGAAAGGACCGAUGUUCAGGGAGCACACGUCACUCACUUUUACCCAAAAAUAUUACCACCGACCACCCCGGUCCUCGCCGACGAGCUCAACUGCUAAAGGAGCCCAGUCGGUGCACGCGCCAGAGCCCCAGGGCAUGAAUGCCGUGGCGACCGUCGCCGUCCAUUUGUGGGGGAUCGUCUGGCCAGCCCUCUGAAAAUGGCUAACGCCUGGAAAACAGCACGCAAGAAUGGAAGCAGGCGGCAGCCACAGCUAGGCAGCUCAAAGGCGUGACAGGCCUCAUCCAUCUGCAGCGGGGCUCCACCACCUGAUGUCGAGGAGAAAUGAUUCCCGAAACAAUCAGAGGCUGUCAAAAAACGAUCAUCUCUGUGUGAGGGAGGGAAGCGCGUCUGCAGGUUGAAGGGAUCGAUGAGAGAACUCAGUUCGGAUGUGAGCUUCAGGAACGUCUUGGCUGAACUCAGAGGUGGAAUCUUGCUUAGAGGAAGGAAAAUGUCAAUGCAGUAACUCUUAAUGGAUACAACAAGAUGACAUUUGAACUGCGUCUCAGCAGAAGUUUUUCUUAGUUAGACGGAACUUACCACAAAGACUUUUCUUUAUGUCAUCUUCCCAGCUGCCCCAAUGCUUUUGGAAAUAAUUUGCGAGCAAGCGGGAGUAACAUCAGCUGAAUUGUAGAGUUCCAAGAGGAGAUCUGUAGAGUCAUCAGACUUUGAAAUAGAGCCGGAAGAAACUAGCAUAAGCAUCUUUAACCAAACACUUGAUGAUCAACAGUUGGUGUUUGAAUUGUUGAUCCGCUCCUAGCUCUGGAGGUUUGACUCUGCACCCCCAUAUGCCAGUGAGUGGGAAAUGUUCCAAUUUGGAAAGUACAAUUUGGACAUUAUAGAGAUGUUAAGUGGGCACCAGGCUCACCAGUUCAAAGGCCUUGGCUUAGAUCGACAACUACAGCAUCAACAGCAAGUCCAACUUCACCAGCAUCAACUUCAACAGCAGCAGCAGCAGCAGCAGCAGCAAGCUGAGUCAUCUGGAGCUCUUCUGUCUGGACUUGGCUUGGGACCCCUGCAGGGGUCAAGAGGUAACGCCUUUUCUGAUUCUGCCUCCAUUUUUGCCAAGAUGAGUGCCCCUCCUCCCCCACCUUUACAACAACCGCCUUCCUCAUCUCAGACCUCUCGUUCAAAGUCAAGCAAGAUGAGCAGCAGCAGCUCAAGCCACUCUCCAGGCUACCCACAGUUCCUGCGCUCUUUCCACCCGUCUGAGGCAGCACUAGUACAGGACCAGUUACAUCCAGGUGUAGGCCGCUUUGAGCACUUUGCUGGGGGAAGUAGCAGUAGUGGUAGUGCUGGGGGCUUAGGAGGAUUAGUAACGUCAGCACCUCCACCCCCUCCUCCUUUACAUCCUGGGCUCUCUGUUCCUCAAGCAUCACCUGGCCACUCCUCUCCCUCUCCUUCCCCUUCGACCUCUGUGGCCACCUCUAAUAACCCCUCGAGCAGCAGUGCAGUCAGCUCUUUGGGUCACCAGUUGGUUGGUGCCCAAUCUGAUGCACGAAGCCUUCACCAACAGUUUAGUUGUAUGUUAGCUGCUAAUCAAUAUUUUCUUUCUGGUGUGCCAGCCAAUGCAAGUUUAGAGCAAUUUCUUGUCCAACAGGGUACCCAUAAUCAUUUAGGGCUUGGUUUAAGUCAAGCAGGUGGGGAACCUAAUACUAGUAUAGCUCAACCUCCUGCAUUGCAUUCUUCACACUCACAUGGCCACACGUCUACACAGCAAGCCACACAACAGCCAGCCCAACAACAACAACAACAGCUUCCACCUCAUACGCUUUCUCAUUCUCACGCACAUUCUCAUCCCCACCACCCACUCCAUCCAGGUUCUCAGCCUUCAUCACUUGGUGGCUUUGACUUCCAGGGCAUCCCUGUACUGUCAUCUAAUCAGAUAGCUUCCCUCAUGCAGCAGGAUGCAGGUUUACCACUUCCUCUGCCACUCCAUUUAUCGUUAUCGAAGGAUGAUGGUAAAGGGGAAAACAGUGGAGGAGGAAGUAGUCAUAGCAGCAGUAGCAGCAGUAGUAGGAGGAAAAAGGCAAUGGCAGGCUACUUGCCUCAGAGAAAGUCAGAUAGCACUAGUAAUGGUGGCAAUAGCCACAGCAGCAACUCAAGCACAAGUAGUAGUAGUAGUGGCCUUAGUCAGCCACCUGCUUUGAUUGGAAGUGGGGGUAGCAUGUCAAAUUUGGGUAGAGACGCAUCCUCUCUACUUGCUGCAUCAUCGUCAUCCUCAUCAGUGGUAUCUUCGUCCUCCUCUGCAGCUCCCUCUUCCACUGUGGCCUCAGUACUUGUUACGAAUAAUUCUCACCUUUCUAAAUCUGAUAACCAUAGCGCCAUGCAGCACAGUAGAACAGAAACGGACACAGAGCCCCUUUAUAGUUGUGGAGAGUGUGGAAAAAGCUUCCCCCACCUUUCCAGUCUCCGCAGGCAUAUGCGCAUGCAUGAGCCUACUGCAGCAGGUACUAGCAAAAGUGCCAAUACAGGCCCAAAUCCUGUCCACAUUAAAACUCAGACAGACCCAAGUCUCCCUCAUUCGACCCAAGACAAUCCCCAACCAUCAUCCAAUUCCUGCCCGAGCCCAGACAAAAUAUUCAAUUGCCCUGAUUGUGGCAAAAGUUUUAAGAAAAAAGGGCACCUUUUGCAGCAUGGCGUAUUACACUCAUCGGCUCGCCCAUAUGGCUGCUCAACCUGCUCGCGGGCAUUUAAUCGUAGAGAGUCACUGACACGGCAUGAGAAGAUACAUGAGGAAAAGCCAUUCAGAUGUCCAGCUUGUGGUCGUGCCUUUCGUGAGAGCACCUCUCUACUCAACCAUGCUGCCUCAGGCACCUGCGGCAAGCCCGGUAGGGGACCCAGACAACGAGGCGGCAAAACUGGGAGUGAUGGUGAGGACAGAGUUGGGGGAGAGAGUGGAGUUGGUAACGGAGGAGGGGGAACUUAUCAAAGCAAUAGGGGGAUUAUUUAUGGGAAAACUGAAGAGGAUAAGGGUUUGAUAAAUGUGGUGGAAGCUGAACAAAAGUCAGGUUUAGGAUGUGAUGAACUGUUUCAGUCUGCAAGGGGAGGGAAUUCAAAUGACAGAGACAGAACUGAUACUAAAUACCCCACUGACUACUCUCGGAAUCGUUACACAGGCUACCAUGAUGAUCACCGUUCUCAAGGUAAUCCAUCUCCAUGCUACUCUGGUGCCUCCCCCUGUGGAAGUGGGAUGGCCGGCCCAGCUCUAAGAAAGGCACCCUUGGCCCCAACACUUCAUCCCCACUCUCAGAGCCACAGCCAGCACCACCAUCCUCAGCAACAACCCCAUCUGCCUCUUUCUUCUCUUCUGGAUGACUCGGAGGAUGAUGUUACUAGCUCAGUCAAUAAUGCAAUCUCUGCCAUAACGGCGGCCAGCGACAAUGGAAAUAGAGAUGAUAGGGGAGAUAUAAUUGGAGGCCUUCUUGGUGGUCUUGGCUUAGGUCCAUUGGGCUCUCCUUCAUCAACGACUGGCAUGGAUAAGAACUUCAGAGGUGGUGGGAACCAGGAGGCAAUGAACAACAACCCACAAAAUCCCACUGGAAAGCCAAAACGCCCCCGGAAGCCCAGAGCUAAAAAAGAUCCAACAGCUGAUGGACAGCUACCAAAGCGUAGGCAGUACACUCCCAGAAUGGGACCUGGUGGACUUCCACGCACUCACCUGUGCAGUGUCUGCGGUAAGGGGUUUGCACGUCGCGAAACUUUACGCAGGCAUGAUCGCAUACACACUGGAGAAAAGCCUCAUCACUGUACUGUCUGUGGAAAGUAUUUCAGAGAAGCUUUUCAUCUCAGCAAACAUCAAACAGUCCACUCUGGUGCGAAAAACUACAAAUGCAGCAUCUGUGGCAAAGAGUUUGGCUACUCCCAGAGUCUACGGAGGCAUAGCAAACUUCAUCAGAAAGGUGAAGUGGAGGAGGUGCCCACGACACCAGCUGAACAGACCCUCAAUAGCUUUAACCCCAACCCUCAAUGUAGCGUGGCCCAAGACAGGAGCCAGAACCAAGUCCCCAGCACCUCAUCUUAUUACUCCUACCCUCAAGAUGUCAAGCCACAAGACAGUAAUCCACAGCCUCCGCCGCCACCUGAACAGCAUUCACAGCCACCACCACGACUUUACACCUGUGCUAUAUGUUGGAAGUCGUUCCGUCAUCAUUUCCACUUGACUGCACAUCACCAAACCGUUCAUGGAGAGGGAAACGAAAAGCUCUUCUGCUGCGAAGUAUGUGGGAAAGCUUUUGCUUAUGCCAAUAGCCUGACUCGACAUAGGCAGUCACAACAUGGCAUUACCCGCACAGACCAGCCCAACACUCAAGAGGGCAAUGAGGUCUCAGGAGACAACAGAACUGCCGAACAGGCGCAGUCAGAGAACGAGGCAGCCACCAAUGCUCUGCUCCAAAUGGCUCCAUCUUCAGAAGAGCAUGGGGCACAAAGUCUAAGUGUUGUGACUCAAAGCCACCAGAUGGCCCCUCCACAACCACCACCUGGCUAUUCUUCCCUCUUUUAUGAUACAUCAGCAGUUCACUCCUCUGCCUCUAGCAACCAGUCCUACUCGCAGCCUUUGCCUCCAAACUCAACAAUUAUGCCCCCGCAACACCCUCACUCACCUGCUGGGGUGAAAGGAGAGCACAUAUAUCCAGCUGGAUCCCGUAGCCGCACGCUCCACACCACUGCCCCGUUCCAGCCCCUAACGGAACUGCCAUCCACUGAGCAUCAUCAUCUGCAUCAUCAUCUUCAUCACUCCCACCAUCAUCCUCAUCAUCAGUUAGUUGCCCAGUCCCACCAAAACAUUGACUACAGCAUCCAGCCAUCACAUGACGAAAUGAGACGGCACAAGAAGAAAAAAAAAAAGUCCGACAGGAAGGAAUGGAGGGAGAAUAAGUGGGAAUCCCCAAAUUUAGACAACCUCUACGGGGGUGUCAAGAAAAAAAAGAUAAAUUGUACCGUAAGAGGGCAAUUUAACAAAAAACAAGGUUCCCUUCGCCUGACAAUCCGGCGGGGGGGAUCAGGUGGUGGUGGGUAUAAGCUUGUUAACACUGGAGGAAUGAAGGUUCAAAUCCUAUCAUCGCUGAAAGUUCCUGUGAAACGUUUUGGAUGUCCAAUAUGCCCCAAUUCUGUGUUUUCUCGCAAAGCCGGACUGCUUGUCCACAUGGCGGUUAAACACCCAAUAAAAGCUACGACUGCUCUUGAGCGCCUUCAGUGCUGUGUAUGUGGAAAGCAAUCUCACAGGCCAUUGGCAGCCUUCAUCCAUCGGUCAGUCCAUCGUGCCAGAGGAACUUUCUCCUGCCAACACUGCAGUGCAUGCUUCUGGAAUGCUAAACUUCUCAACCGGCACAAUGUUUCCUACCAUCGAAGGGCUAAGGGAUUGCAACAAGGAAAUUCCAAAAAGCUUUCAGACAGGCCUGAAGGAGAGUCGGACCCACUGGGGCCAUACAGAUACUGAGUACCCAUAUUUCUGUUGUGUGGCGAAAGAGAUAUUUCAAGUAAGACCUGAGGAGAAGAGAAAUGUUUCCAGGUGUCUUGUUUUGGCAUCAAUUCUGUUGACUAUUAGUGUGUUAAGAACUACUGUAGAGCAUCCUGUUAUGUUCAAAUAUUCUUCCAGGUUGUAUUGGGAGGCAUUUUAAAGAUGUGACUGUUUUCUUAGGAUCUAACCCCUUAAGUGCAUUGACACUAUGCUUUGCUGACACUGUGCAGUUACUAGACAGAUUUAGGUGAAAAUACCUGCUAAUGUAUCUCUGCUACCUAUAUCUUACUAUUAUCCCUACUACACCGUUUGCUGUAUGAUAAAGGUCUCUGCUGUGUAUUUUGUCUUGUUGUUCACUUAGCAUCGAGGUUCUUUUUAUGUAAAGUGCAUUAAUUAGAGUUAGGGACACGGGGAAAGAUAUAACAGUUUGUCAAUGCAUGUUUGUUCAAUGGUCACGUUUUUUGCUGAGGUGAUAUCACUCUUACAAUAUGUGAUGACUUAUACAGUAUAUCCUCAAAGGUUUGUGGUGUUCACUUGAUUUGAGGGAUUUUCUAUGGCCCCUGAUGAUAUGUCAAAGGUGGCUAGUAAUAACUUUAAAUACCCCUGUCCUGCCAAAAUGAAGAAAGUCAUAAAAAGCCUUGUUCAUUAUGUUAUUUUAUUUCUAGCUUUUAUACCAGGAGAUUAAAAACAAGUGGGCUAUUACAAUGUGUUAAUAUAAUGUUAUUUGUAUGCUCCUUUUUAAGGGUAAUCGUUUCUACAGUAAGUCACGGUGUGUUAAAGACAUGGACCUAUCUCAACGUUGCAAUGUUGCAUUUCAUGUAUUUAUGUAUGUCAUGUCACUAUGGUUCUCCACUGCGGUCUGUUGCUCAUUAGCAAUCCUGUUUUCCAACAUUUUAUCUCCUAUUGGCAAACCAUGUUUAAGGUUCACACCAUGUUUCACACCUUCCAAUUUUUGUUGUUUUUGUUCCUCAAGAUAAAAUUUUCUAGUUUAAGUAGAUUUCUAUCACGAUUUACUGAAAGUCAGUAGUUGAUUUCAUUAAUUAAUAAAUCAUGAGUGUAGACUUUGUUUCCUCUGGGUUUUAUAUUAAAAUGUGAUGAACUUCACCUAUAGUUUGGAAUUGUCAGCUUUAUCCAUUUCAUUUUUCCUGUUGGGUUUCGACAAAAAAAAGGUUAUGCAAAGUCAGUCCCACCGUUCUUCCACUAGGUGGCAGUGAACAACACAUGUAAUGUAAACAUGUUCCUGUGUGGAGUUCAAGUCACAUGGAUUUGUCAGUGACAGUAGGUAGGUAGGUAGGUAGGUAGGCGAGGUUUGUUUUCACCCAUGUCUGAUUAUAAGACGCCCCUUGGCUUAUCCAGGUUGUAUUGUAUGACUUAAAUUCAGCAUACAGUUGAAGGUUUAUAUUAAAACUGUGCGAAGGACAAGCUGGUGUGUGUAAUUAUAGUUAUGAUUUUGAUGACACUAAUCUAUAUCAGCCUGGAUACACUUGCUUUAAAUUGUACAGUGUCUGGGCUCAUGUCUGAGUGGUUCAAGUGAGGAAAAGUGUCACAGCAACAGAGUUGUUUGCUGAUGGAACCUGUCCAUUUACAUUGGGAUUUAAGGCUGGAGUGUAUUUGCAGAUCUGAAAAACUGAAACUACAAGUUUGUUACCCUUUUUCUAUGUUUGAGCAUCAGAGCUAUGCCAUAGUCUUGAUGUAAGAAGGUCAUUAGGACUCUUUCCACCGCAAACAUAACCUGUAGUAGCUUAUGUUGUUCCAUCUAUUUGUAUGUCUACAUAUAGUUACCAUAUAAUGAUAUUUGGAAGGUCAGACAUAACUGUUCCAUUCAGUCACUUGUCUUAUACAGCAUGAUCAGUGUCACGUUAAAAAACAAAACGACAUUUCAGAUAGAAGGUGGUUGACUGAUCUAAUACCCCAAAGUAGCACCUUGAAAAAUAGGUAUUUGUUCGUAGUUCUCGUUCUUCAAUAUUCAACAUCUACUCUUUAAAUCAGGGCCCAAGAAAGCUGUUGCAGCUAGAAUCAGCUAUAGGAUCUGUUCACGUUGGCCUGGUUUUGCUCUUAAUAUUAAAUCUUAUUUACCUUUACCUUAUUUUCUACUCACUGUCCUGGGGUUUGUGUUAAUGUGAGAAUGACUGUUGAUCAAUGGUUGAAAAUACUAUUUAAAGAAGGCAUGCAGGUCAACAUAGCAUUGUUCACAUGCCGGCAAAGUGUGGACACCUGUUAGAAAACACACUAGCUAUUAUUAAAUUCCUUGCCAAUUAACAGUCAAGAAUCAGAAAUUAUGAUGUUGUUGAGAGUGAUCUGUAGUCAGGUUUAGCAACACACUAACUAAAAUAAUAUUGUUGAUUAUAUUAAGUGACAAAUGACAGCAGUCCACAGUUUUGCUACUAAAGACUAUGGCGAAUAUAUUGGCUGAACUGAUGUUAUCCAGAAGGCAACAGACUCUGUGUGACUGUGUUUAUUGCCCUGAGCAUGGGAUGUACACAGAAAGUACACAGUGUUCGUCUGCACUGUGGGUUCCCCAUGUGCUGCUCAGUAACUCAAGUCCAUCAGCUGUUUACAUGUCGACUUGUGUCCGCCCCUCUACGGGACAAACAGUAAAAUUCCUGCGUCGCGCUGCCACGCAUGUGCUCUGCGAGUGUACAGUGGAGCGGGCCACCCUCGCGCCUUUCCUCGCUCCUGCUGUCACGCGGCAGGGGCAUGCACAGGGAGACUCCUCGCGGGCGGGUGUGUUCGACCUACUUCUGUCCAAUCAGCGCCACUUGCGCGCGGGCCGACCGGCCGCGGCGACCAAUCAGCGCGAGAGCCGCUUCGUCUGGCUUCGUCCCUGCGUGUCAGGUACACGUGAGCCUUAGCUAUUGUGCACAGGCGGGCAACGUGCUGGAGAAUUCCUGUCUCCAAAAAAACUCUCACGUUUUCUCUGGAUUUCAAGGAAGUGAGUAAAGCCACGCUACCGUGCACGUCUGGCACUGUCAGCGCCUGUGUAUUGUAAAAUCCCAAAUGCAUUCACCUCGUAAUUCAUUUUUCAUACGUCUGACAGUUGCUGUGUUAGUGUUCAACCUUUCUCUCGGUGAGCAUCUUAAGCCCUCGUUUGGUCCAUAAACACACAUGGCUGACUGUGUACCUG